AUGAAAUUAUUGAAUGUCCUUUCGUUUGUUGCUUUCUACGCUUUGACCGCGUAUGCGUUUACCAACCCUCUCAAGACGAAGGAUGGUUCGGACCCUUUUAUGGUGUACUCAAAUGGCUACUAUUACCUGACGACGACGUCAUGGAGUAAUAUUCAGAUUACUAGAGCAACUUCAAUGGCUGGUCUCAAAACCGCGACACCCAAGAUCAUUUGGUCAGAUACAACUGCAAGCCGCUGCUGCAAUUUGUGGGCUCCCGAAAUCCACUGGAUCACUUCAGAGAAUGCGUGGUUUGUUUACUAUACAGCCGGUACUGCUGGUGUCGAAAAUCAGCAUAUACAUGCUUUGAAGAGUAGCUCGAGUGAUCUUUGGGCGUCAGUCUGGUCCUACGCAGGACGAGUUACUAUUCCAAACAAGGACACCUGGUCCAUUGACGCAACAAUUCUGAACCACUCUUCGGGAUCUUAUCUGGUAUAUUCGGCUUACGAUUCGACCGUUUUCCAGAGCGACCAAUGCAUGUAUAUCGCUAAACUUAAUUCUCCCACUACUGCCGGCAACGCAUCUAAGCUCUCGUGCCCAACAAACACAUGGGAAAAAAUUGUUACUGGUGUCAACGAAGGCCCAGCCGCUCUGUAUCACGGUGGGCGUACAUGGAUCGUAUAUUCAGCGUCUCACUGCUCGGGAACUGGAUAUGCCCUAGGAAGACUGGAGCUCACGGGUGCCGAUCCACUCUCUACUUUAUCUUGGACCAAAUACAACGCUGGCCCAAUUUUCCAAGCAGCCAAUGGGAGCUAUGCCGUUGGGCAUAAUGGGUUCUUUACUGCACCUUCGGGCAAUAUUUACAACGUUUACCAUGCCUCGCCAUCUUCCGCUGUUACGUGUGACGGAAAUCGUCGUACCAUGGUCCAGGCUGUCAACUGGAAUAGUGAUGGGACUCCUAAUUUGGGUAGUCCACGCCCAAUCUCGGAGAAUAUUCCUGAGCCCGCCUGA